CAUUAGGAAAGACCAUACAGUGAUAUGACUGCACUCAGUUGUGUAAAUUAAAGAGCUGCUUGUGUCCUCAGAGGCUAGCGAGAGGCUCACAGUGCCACGUCGGGUUCAGCCUCCUCCCCUCCCCCUCGUCUGCAGUGCUGACGCAUCUGCUGCCUUUGCAUCAAUCAGCAGCCUCUAUAUAGGUACACCGAGAAUCCCCUCUAAUAACAGGACUGUUGUUCCCACCCUCAGCCACGCUUUCACUUUGCAAGCUCACUGCGAUAGUGAGAAAAAGCAUCGAUGAACAUCUGUCCUCUAUGUGCUCUGAUGCACAAUAGGACAGUUCCAUCUUCUCUCUGGCUCUGCAUUACCUAACCACAGUGUCUGCGUAAGCACAGGCUUUGGUGUUAUAUAUUGCUGCACGGAAACACGAUGUGUGCAUGAAGCAGAUGGUGCAGCGUUAUGCAUUGAAGGUGCAUGUGAGAUGAUUUAGUUUCAUGCAAAUGACGUUGUUCCUUCUGGUCAACAUGGAUGCAGUGGGAUACUGCUGGUGAUAUUUAAUUCAGCAUUAGUACAGCAGCGUACCCCUCACUCUGCGCUGCCACCAGCAAUGCAGCUGAGCGCUUUCUAUCAGGCUGUAUCAUUGAGCACAGAGCUGGUGUGUGAUGUAGCACCCAGCAUCUCUCCGCUCUCCCUACACUCCUCUGCCACGCUUAAUAAAAGUUGCCGCUUCCUGUUCAGUGGCUCCACGACGAACGCUUCAGUUGCCCAGCUAGCACAAAAGACAGACCCAUACUCCGGUUUAGCUACAUGCCGUAUGAACUGCGAGUUGUUGGUGUAGUGGGACAGGAGAUGGAGAGCCAGAGGACGGCAGGGCAGAUGUAGCUUAGGACCCGGGCUGCAUGGAGAGAGGCGAAGGACGGUGAAACGGGAGUCAUCUGCACACAGAGAGGGAGGGAGAGGAAGACAGACGUCAGAAAAAGAUCUGCUUCUGACAGCACCACUGUUCAGCGACCAUCAUAGAAAGAAAACUACUUUCGCUUUGCUCUCACAAAACUGUUUUUCACGUAUAGUUUGUAUAUUGAGGGCUUUAGAGAAGGGACACUGCAUGACACCGUUUCCUGUUCGCCGUGCAUCAUUCUCUCAGAUUUUCUAAGAUGACUGUGGUGUCUCCAUGCACUCAGAACCUGAUGGAUAGUGCUCAUCCUCACACUGUGCUCAGCAAGCUCAAUGAGCAGCGCUCACAAGGCCUCUUCUGCGACGUUACCAUCGUGGUGGAGGAUGUGAAGUUUCGGGCCCACAAGAACAUCCUGGCAGCCUGCAGCGGGUACUUCAGGAACGCUCUGACGAAACCUGAGACAUGGAGCUCCGACCAAGUGCUGGAGCUGAUGGACCUUAAGUCCGAGGUGUUUGCCAGUAUCCUGAACUUCAUCUACUGCUCAAAGGUGACAUCGCCGGGUGUCGAGGACACACGUGUGCUAGUAGCAGCUGGAAAAAGACUUGGCAUUCCUUUUUUGGAGAAGCUUGCAGAACAAGAGAGGCAGGACCAAUGUGUGAAAUCCACAGACGGCAUCAAAGCCACAGUGUCAAUAAAAACGAAACAGGAAGCUUCCAGGCCUGAGAACGUUGACAGGGGGCCACGCAUCACCAACGCCUUCUCUAUCAAUGAAGUGUGUUCUGGGACCAAUCUUUUCACCCCUCUGGUCCAAACCAAAGGGGAGAGGCAGUCUCCAGAGGUGGGACAGCUUCCAUCAAGUUCUCCUACAACCUCCUGCCUCAAUGUGAACAAUGAGACAACCCACGCCCUCUCAGAGCACUCGUAUGCAGUGAUACAAUCAUUUGAAGGCAAAGACAGCAGUCAGUGGGAUAACAAGAAGGUCUUUAAACCAGCAAUAUCUCAGUCAAAGCAACUCAGUUACAGGAACGCAGGUCCGCUCAAAAAGCGCCACAGGCUGAGACAAAAUUUGUGUCGAAGUAUACUUCCAAGACCAGCUGAAUCGCAAGCAGAUACACCAAAUACAAAAACCCAGACAGAAGCUGAUGGUGUUUCUAAAGCACCUGUUGCAGUCAUGACCCCACCUCCUCUUAGUUCAGAAGCAGAAACAGACAAAUGCAAAGGCCCCGGGCUACCAAUAGCCACUGACAAUGUUCAAAUGGAGUUAGAUCCACCAACCCUUUCCCCUCACACUGAAGAAAGCAUUUCAAUAUACGGAUGUGAACAAUGUCCGGAGAUAUUCACAAAUCAGGCUCUUCUCGUCGUUCACUCAGAAGUACAUAAAAAACGUUUUAUCAGUCAUUUGUUUUGCAAGUUUUGUCACAGAAAGUUCAUACACCUCAAACGGCUGCGCAACCACGAGCAGCUCUGUCCCAAGGCUGUGAGAAGAUCGCCUAAUCAGGAUUCUUCUGACAUAUUAACCAAAGAGGUGGAACUACAUUCAGAUUCAGACGAGCCUAACACUGAGAGCAACGCAAUACAGUUUCCUUCUGCUGACCUCUCCACCCCAGAGCCCCUUGAAAUGGACCAAUCAGAGCCUUCACAGGACGAGAAGGCGGUGAGACCAGGCGGCAGUCAGAGGAGAUACAACUGCAGUGUGUGUAAACGCGUCUACAUCACCUUAUCCAGUCUGAAGCGGCACGAAAAUGUACAUUCCUGGCAGAGAGCAUACCCCUGUCAUUAUUGUAAUAAAGUGUUUGCAUUGGCAGAGUAUCGAACAAAGCACGAAAUCUGGCACACAGGGGAACGCCGCUAUCAGUGCAUUUUCUGCCUGGAGACAUUCAUGACAUAUUAUAUCUUAAAGAACCAUCAGAAGUCUUUUCACGGCAUUGAUCCUAAUCUAGCUGUUAAGAAAAAAUCCGCUAACGGUGGUUUGAAAGCCAGUGUUUAUCCAAUCAAACUCUACAGGAUUCUGCCUAUGAAGUUUAGAAAGAGAAAAUACAAGACAUACAGUCAGACAUUUUCAGAGGUUGAUGAAACAGGUGACAAAGCCCCGCCAGAGAGCAACUCUCUCAUCCCUCCGUUUGAAGAAAAGGGUCUCAUCAGUAAGUCUGACUCUGUUUCAUUCCCUCUGACAUUCAUGGCAACUCCAAAGAUGGUGUCACCUGUCAUGCCACGCAUCAGCUUUGACAAGCCAUGUGAUCAAGAUGUUGACCAAAGUGAUUUGGAAAGAAAAGAGGCGGAGAAUGAAAAUUCACCAAACAUCGACUUUGAGUUUCCCACUAUAAGUUUCAAAGGUGAUCCUACAGUACUUAGUAACUCAGGGCACAUCAGUCAUAAUGUGCCGUUCUUUAACUCUUUGAACACUGUUAAAAAGCUAGGUGAGCUAUCAGCUUCUGCAAAAAGGGUUGAGGAUAUGACCAAGGAGCUUCUUCAAUCAAGCAAUGAGAAUCUGGCAUACGAUAAAAAGGUAGGGGCAAAGACUGAAACAUAUAUCGCCAAACCUGCGUGCCCGGGUCCAUCUGUGGAUGGUGCCACCAUGCCGCUCUGUCAGAUAACAGUGAAAAUAGGCAAUGAGGCCAUAAUCUGCCGCCAGAUCAAAAGUUCCAAGCUCUUCCCCAGAAAGAAAAGGAGAAUCAGAGAAUUGGGUGAAGAGGAGAGCUCCAGUCAGUGUCUUCUAACACGGGAAACCUCGGAGAGCCCUCGGGUCCGACUGAGACAGGAAGUCGCUUCUGCCAAAGCGCAUACGAAGGCAUACGAAGAUCCUAAUGACUGCGACACAGCCGACAUGCUGUGGCGCCCUUACUAUUCUUACAAAUCCAAAAAGAAAACAAAGAAGUUGAGGUUCAAGCACAGAAAGGCUUUGUUUCACGGUUAUCCUGAAACAUCUGUAGAUAGAACGGCUGCAAGUGAGGCCCACAUCGAGAAAAGUAGUUGGCUGAUAGAAGAGAGCACGUCCGGUGGGAGUGGAGAAAUGAAACGUAGCCUCAGCAAGAACUCCAGCCCGAGAGCCACCUACAUCUGUGACAUCUGUGACAGCUCGUUCAUCACAGAGACAGGUCUGAGAGCUCAUGUUAUUGGUUCCCACCCAUGUUUCUGUCGCACAUGCGGUAAACAAGGUCCUCCUGGUGAGGCACCGGCCGGUGGGGAUUACAUCUGCAGCAGCUGUAUGGAGAAUGGCUCCUGCUUUGAUAAUACAUCACGGAGCCCCAACCCAGAGAAGAAGUAUCGCUGCUCCUUCUGUCCCCAACGGUUUCUUUAUCUUGCCACCAAGAGAAGCCAUGAGAAAAAACACAAGGAGACAAACGAGGAGGGAUAUAACUCUGACAACUUCACACCGUGCUCUCAAAACUCCGCACACCUGCGUGAAGAUACGAAACAAGACAUACAAAUAGAAAACAGUGGCAACCAAGGGGACGCUGUAAUAAAAAGUGAAAGAGUGGACGAAGAAUAUCUUUCCAUUGAUAAAAUGAAUCCUAAAAUAGAGGACACGACAGGUGACUUAGUGUCUUUACCUACCGACCAAGACAUGUCAUACUCCAAAAUUAAAAGUCCGUUAUCGCCGUGCAUCGGCACAGUGUUUUCCCUGACAUCCUCCAGGGUGAAAAAUAAAAUGCCGAAAAAAAGGAUCAAUCCACAGGAAUCUAUGCAUCUUGUCUCAAAAAAGCAAAUCUGUGACAGAGACAGUGACGGCAACAAGGACAUUUUGAUGGGGCAAAAAACGACCAGUCACAAUGAUCUUGAUCAUUCCUAUAAACUCUUGAGGAGAGAUGAAUCUGAAACUCAAGGUAGCCACAUUUCUAUACACAAGCCGGAGAAAUGGACGUGCAAAGAGGAGCCAUUUUUCUGAAGAUUUCUGAGGAAAUCAAUUGGCAAAAAAAGACGUUUUGGUGAGGAAAUGUAAGAGCGUUGUCUUUGCAGCCGAGCUUAACGAAAUGUUUUUGAAAGGACUAACAAUAAGGACCUAUGGUGCGUACCAGUCGUACUGGGAAGUUGGAAAUCAUAGCUGUGCAUGACGUCAAACAAAAGUUGAGGUGUUCCAGUACAACACGUCAGAAAACCAAGCUCUAGCCAGGUUAGCUUAGCAGUACGAGUUGAAAACAACGCAAUAUGCUCUAUUUUACACACAUACUCCGUAGCAACAUGUCCGCUUAUAAAAGUUGGACAAUAAUGUGUGUACGACUGUUUUAAGGGGACAUGAUUAUGACAGGAGUUGUAAUAGACUGUACAUUUCUCAAACUGUUCAGGGUUGGUGAGCUUCUCCUCACUUUUUGAGCCAAAAAUCCAACUCCAGCAGCAGGAUUUUAGACCAACCAGGACAAAUGCAAUGCACCACUAAUACCAGUAUACGCUGUCAUUUAUUUUCCCUCCAGAACUCAACAACGGAGUGUUAUUUUUGUUGAUAGGAGGACCUUCUGAAACAGACUGCACUUUGUCUGUUGUCUAUGCAUAUAUGGCAGACACACUGGCAUGACUUAAAGCAAUUAAAUAGGAUGGGUACGAUGUGUUGGAGAACUGAAAAGCUGCCUAGUGUGGUGACAUCUUCACUUUUUACAUAUAUAUGAAGAAAACUGUAUGAACUGUCACACUUUUAAAUUUCACGUUCAGUUACCUGGCGUGAGUUGCACUUUAUAGUUAGACUAUGCUUAUUUGAUUGUUAAAUACAUUGAUUGAUAUAUUAAGAUUUUGAAUCAACACGUGGAACUAUUGAGAUGAGAGUAACCACUUAUGUAUGUUUUAAUAUGUAUCAAACAUGUAAUAAUUCAAAUAAAUGUUGUUGAUAUUA